AUUUCAAAAAGGAAAUGAAACGUGUCCUUUAGAAGUCAUUAAAAGAAAAAUGAAGAUCAGUGCUCUGAGUCUUUUUCUCGCAUUCGUGGAAUUCUUGCAUUUUUAUGAAAAAUGUGCUGCUGUCAAUCUCGUGAAGAUAACAAUGUUGAAGGGCACUAAUGUUACUCAGGCUACUACUAGUCUCAACCCAGUGGAAAUUAGACCACUUUGGAUCAACGCUACACAACAGGAGACUUUUCAACUCUAUCAAGUUUUUACAGAUACAUAUGGCUAUGGUUUACACGCGGGUUCACUCCAACCAUUAGGGUUAAUUGAAAAUCAUGCCGAAAAUCGACCAAUAUCAGUUAAGGUAGAGAUAAAUUCAUCACGUUAUUUAGACCGUUGGGAUUUCAGCCUUUACCAGCAGAGUCUACGUUUGAACCCUUCAGCCAGUGGUUAUAUAUUUAUAACAAUACCGGGAAGCACAAAUAUCUAUUAUACAGAGUUACAAUUUGUACCAAAUUAAAUUGAUAUGCUUUAUAAUUAACUGAUCAUGUGGGCCUAACG